AUGGAUACGCGUUCUGUGGUGCGUUGUUUUCAGAACAACUUCUCAAUAGAGAAUAUUUUAUCAAAGCCCAAUACCAGCAAAUGUGAUGCGUAUUUGGCGGUGUUAAGUGAUUCGGCACAAAUUUCUGCGCAAACUGUGAAGCAAAGCAAAAAUGAUGAAAAUAUUGGAAAUGAAAGUGGCGAUAUUGAAGUGCAAACAAAUAUAGAUUUAGUGGCAUCAAGUCCGGCAUCGAGCUGCACAGCAGAUGGUAUUGACGAUGCGAAAAGUGAAGCUGCAUCCGAAGAUGGCAAUAGUGGUAAUGACGAUCGCAAGAAGAGACCACGAACCGCUUUCUCAGCCUCACAAAUCAAAGCAUUGGAAACUGAAUUCGAGCGCGGUAAAUAUCUUUCGGUCGCUAAACGGACAGCACUGGCAAAGCAAUUACAUUUGACAGAAACUCAGAUCAAAAUCUGGUUUCAAAAUCGGCGCACCAAAUGGAAACGUAAAUACACGGCCGAUGUCGAAACGCUGGCCUCCCACUAUUACGCCCAAUUGGGUAUAGGCAGUUUGGCACGUCCUAUGGUGGUUGGCGAUCGCCUCUGGCUCUUCAGUCAAACACCCACGGGUCCCACACCAUUUCAAUCGAUCAUGUUAAACGGCGGUGUAGCAACAUCUCCAAUGGCUGCCACACUGCGGCCAUACAACAACAAUUUACCAAUAACUCCAGCUCCGUCAACGACACCGGCUUUAAUGCCUCCAUUGCCAGUAAUUGAGAGUGCACGGAACGCCAUCCUAGCACGCGGUCAACCGCUAAAUUUCGCUCUGCCUUAUAGCUUAGCGGGCGCAAGUGGUGGAAAUGCUAGCUGUGCUGGCAAUAACGUGAAUAGCGCGCCACAAAUCGGACACUCAGCAAAGUACUAUAGGCACUCGAACGACUUUGUUGAUCGUUUUAUGGAAUACAACUCCCUUCCUAUGGCGCCAGCAGCUGUGGGCUCGUAUUGCCAAAACGAUAACGCCUUAACAAAAGCCACAGUGAAUGACACUUAUUUAGCAUUGAAAUACGCAACGAUACCAAUAGAAGAAGAUACGUCGACCUCGAAUGGGCUGGCGGAACUGGAACGAGUUUUUGGCGACACGAAUACCAACUUCCUUCAAAAAAGAAUCAAGAACGCCAAUAAAAUUGAAAGCGAGCAACUGGGCGCACCACACAGUCAAAGGGAUCAUUUGAUGCCUUCGAGAUCCGACUCGGAUUGCAGCGACGUUGAUUGUGAACAAAUCGAUGAGCCACCCGAGAUGCAUAUUUCUCAAUGAAAUUAGAACUAAUA